CGGCUCGAACCGCUGGCGUUAGCUAUAGACUAUGUAUCUAUCUUUGCGACGUUAGGUAAUAUCCAUUGGAUAUAUUAAGUAUAUCUUUAUCUAACUCGUCUCGACUUAAUUUCUUUCGAAUCGAACGGGUCCCCCCCUCUUCGUAUCACGUUCUGUAAGGGAGCAAUGAGGCCGAGAUUAUUUCUCUGCCUUGCGUUGAGCUAUGGCUCGGCCGUCGUCCGAGCUUGCGCUGGUCACGGCGAGGUUAGGGAAUGGAGUCAGGAGGAAUUAGACGAGUUGGAGAAGAAAUGGGGGACCGAGUGGGGAUUCUCGGGCAUUUCCGCCUUCGCCCAUCUUCCGUAUUAUAAGUGCUUGACGAAUCCGAGCGAGCAAUUCGACAUCGCGAUCAUCGGCGCCCCUUUUGAUACCGCAGUGAGCUAUCGACCUGGCGCACGCUUCGGGCCCCGCGCCAUCCGCGCGGCCUCGGCGCGGCAGACCUCGUUCCGGGGGUUUAACCCGCGUGCCGGGAUCAAUCCGUACCAGAACUGGGCGCGGAUCCUCGACUGCGGCGACAUCCCCAUCACGCCCGUCGACAACGCGAUCGCCUUGAAGCAGAUGACGGCCGCCUUCACAGAACUAGGGUCUCGCGCGCCCGUAUCCCCUUUACUCACGAAGCCGAAGCUCGUGACGCUGGGCGGCGACCACAGCCUCGCGCUGCCGGCGCUGCGGGCGAUCCACGAGCUGUACGGGCCCGUAAGGGUGCUGCACUUCGACGCGCACCUGGACACGUGGCACCCGGCCAAGUACCCGAGCUACUGGGCGAGCGAGCAGAGCAAGUUCACGCACGGCAGCAUGUUCUGGCUCGCGGGCGACGAGGGCUUGCUGUCGAACGCGACGGGCGCGCCCAACGUGCACGCGGGCCUGCGCACGCGCCUCUCCGGCACGGGGGACUGGGACGACGACGACGCGCAGAACUGGCUGCGCAUCAGCGCGGACGACCUCGAUGACUUGGGAACGAAGGGCGUUAUCGAUAGUAUCAUGCAGACUUUGGGUACCGAGGACCCCGUCUACCUCAGCCUCGACAUCGAUGUGCUGGACCCCGCGUUCGCGCCGGGAACGGGGACCCCCGAGCCCGGCGGCUGGACGACGCGCGAGCUGAUCCGCAUCCUGAGGGGGAUUGAGGGCUUGAAUCUCGUGGGCGCUGAUGUGGUCGAGGUGGCGCCCGCGUAUCAAGGUGUUGGCGAGGAGACGGCGCUGGCGGCAGCGCAGGUCGUGUUUGAGCUGCUGAGUAGUAUGGUGAAGAAGGGGUUGGGAGAGAUGGGGAAGACGGGGGAGAAGGCGGAGGUCAAGGAGGUGGAGGAUGCUAAGCAAGAGGUUUUGAGGGAGGAGCUGUAAGGGUAGGUAGGCGAUGACUACGGUUCGUAGAGCUGUUGGUCUCAUGCCCACCUGGGGAAGAUGGGGUAUGGAGGGGAUGUCUCUUGACCUACCUACGAACACUACGUAUGAGGCUAAGCUGUCACUGGGA